AUGGGACAAACUCCAUUCGCUUCACAUGUUCUUCAGGUCAAGCUGCCCAAACAUUUUAACAAGCCGACAGAUCUUAAAUAUGAAGGCAAGUCAGACCCUCAAGAGCACAUUGACACCUUUGAUGCCCGAAUGAGCUUGGAGGGUGUGGGAGAUGCUAUAAGGUUUAAGGCAUUUUCAAUUACACUAUCUGGACCGGAGAUGGGAUUUAUUACUUUACCUUCUGGUUCUAUCUCCUCAUUUCACGAUAUCAAGAUAAAGUUUCUUGCUCACUUUACUACAAGGCGAACUCAAGCCAAGCAUCCCAUUUCACUACUUGAUGUAGAGCAGAGAGUUAGGGAAAGCAUCCAAGAUUACCUGGAUCGCUUCAAUAAGGUACUUUUGGAGGUUAAUACACGAAUUCUUGAGGUCGUGUGUCUUUGUCUCAUAGCUGGACUGCUUGAAGGAGAUUUCAGAAGACAUCUCACUUCUAAAGAUGUCAAAUCUAUGAAAGAAAUCCAUCAAAUUACUCUGGAAUACAUGAGGGACGAGGAUGUUUCGAGAGUAGUUUUGACAAAAAUAGAAGAACUGAGCCCCCUCGCCUAA